AACGCCAUCAUUCCCUCCCUCAGCCCCUCCCCCUCCUCCUCCGCCAUGCCCCGACCCUGCUCCCCCCCUCCCCCUCCCUCCUCCUCCUCCUGCUCCUCCUCCUCCUCCUCGCUGUUGCACGUGGAGUUCCCGCAAGUGCCGCCGGCGCUGCUCUCCAACCUGAACCAGCAGCGCCUGGAGGGGAAGCUCUGUGACGUCUCCAUCCACGUGCAGGGCCGCGAGUUCCGCGCGCACCGCGCCGUGCUGGCCGCGUCCUCGCCCUUCUUCCACGACCAGCUGUUCCUGAAGAACCUGGACUCCAUCGAGCUGCCUGGCGUCAUGGACCCCGCGGCCUUCGCGCUGGUGCUGGGCUGCGCCUACACCGGGCGCCUGUCCAUGGCCCGCGGGGACCUGCUCAGCUUCCUGACGGUGGGCAGCGUGCUGCAGAUGUGGCACAUUGUGGACAAGUGCACCGAGCUGCUGCGGGAGGGCCGCGCCGCCGAGCCGCCCGCUUCCUCCUCGUCCUCAUCAUCCUCAUCGUCUUCAUCAUCAACAUCCUCCUCCUCCUCCUCCUCCUCCUCACGGCUGCUCUCCAGCCGCGCCAGUGACAGCCAAUCCCCCAGCAGCACCAACGCGCUGCUCCCGGCGCCGCUGCCCGAGCUCCCGGUGGGGAAAGCGGGCAGCGAGGAGGAGGAGGAGGAGGAGGAGGAGGGCAACGAGGAAGGGCCCCGGGCUCUGCCCCAGAAACCCUGGGUUUUGGUCAAGCGCCAGUGGCUGCAGGAGGACCUGGUGCUCACCUGCGAGGAGGAUGAGGAGCCUGUGGGAGGGGAGUGCCGGGAAAAUCCAGGAAUUCCUGGCGGGAAUGAAUCCGCCCGAAUCGUGAAUCCCGGAGCCGCCCGCAGAGCACCCCGCGUGGCUGGGGCGGGUCCCGGCCCCUCGCAGCCCUCACCUGCCGCCCAGGUGAGCUCGUGUGGCUCGGCCAAGGUGUUCGUGUGCCACUGCGGGAAGGCGUUCUCGCACCGCAGCAUGCGCGAGCGGCACGUGAACAUGCACCUGGACCUGCGGCCCUUCACCUGCGCGCAGUGCCGCAAGCGCUUCAAGAUGAAACAUCACCUGACGGAGCACAUGAAAACCCACACCGGGCUGCGGCCCUACACCUGCAGCACCUGCGAGCGCACCUUCAUGUGGAGGGACAGCUUCCUACUGGAGGUGCUGGUGGCUGCAGUGGCCACCCUGGGCGAGCUGGUGGCUGCCAUGACUGUGCCGAACAGGGGCAUGCUGCUGGACAGGUCCCCAAAGUCCCUGCAUGCGUCUCUGAAGACCUUCAUCCGUCACCUCGGUGUGACCCUGAAUCAGUGUUGUGUCACCUCCUGGGACCGCUUCGAUGUCACCUCCCUGGGCGACCUCGAUGGCAUCCCUGGGCCAAUUCAUUGUCAUACUGGGCAACUGCUGUGCCGCCCUCCGGCACCACCCCAGGGCCGGGCCCUGGCCAACCUCGAGUCCAACCCGGAGGCCACCUGGGCUGAUGUGACAGCCGCGGCCAGCACCUGGCAGGAGUGGGUGGACACGCUCUUGGAGAGCUGGUCCCGGUUGGUCGAGGAGGCCACCAAGCUCCGCAGCAACUGGGAGGACGCGGCCACCAGGAGGGGACCGCAGGCAGAGCCGCCCCUGGGGCUGCUGGAGCGCUUGGUGGCCACGUGUGACAGAGCCACCACAUUCCCCCAGGAGCUGCAGCGCCGGCUCGGGGACAUCAAGUUAGCCCUGGCGGAGACAAGGGAGCCAUCCCCUGAUUUCCACGUGGCCUUGGUGGCCGCGGUGGCCGAGGCCGAGCGACUGUGGGUUGCCAGCGCCCACCUGGCCACGCGUCACCUGAGGAAGACACUUGGGCAAAUCAGCACCACCUUGGACAGUUUCCAUUGCAGCCCUGAGGGUCCUGCUGCCCGUAUGGUGGUGGAGUGGUGCCAAAAAGCCAUCGAGGACAUCCUGACGCUGCUGCAGGAACAGUGA